UAGACGGAGGCUGCAAUCCUGAAAAACACUCACUUGGGAGUAAGCGCCAGUGAAACCAAUGGUGUCUUCUUCCUAGUUGUCAUAUAUAAGGAUCGCAGUGCCCGGCACGUGAAGUUAGCCUUACUCCACUUACGUAGAAACGUAGGAUGCUGCCUUUUAUUAUUAUCAUUAUUCUAGAUUCAGGGAUGAUCCUCCUCCUAAGUCGGAAGGGCUGCUGAGGUCAGAGACAGACGCCAGCUGAGUUUGGGACGCAGCAGCGACGGCGGAGGCGUUUUUGCGCGGAAAGUGAAUGACGGCGCAAGUCGAGAGUUGACGCUCCUUUGGCAACAAGAGCACCCAAAAAGCCAGGCGGGGGACCUGGUGGGGGCUCCAUGAUGCGGGCCAGGGUUCCGCCGAGAUGGGUGCCGUUUCCUCCACGCACCCGGGACAGUCUCAGGUCUGCAAGAUGCGCCUGAUCUUGGACGAAGCGGCGACGGGAACCGGGGUUUAAAGGGAUUUCCUGGAGCAAAGCAAAAGACUUCUUGGGGAUGGCUGUGAAUCCGGAAGAUGACGACGUCCCCCUCAUUCUCACCUUGGAUGAGGGCAGAAGUCACGGUCCCGAUCCGGAGGGGCUACCCAGCGAAAAUGGAGGCAACUAUGACUUGGUCACUGACACAUCCAGCCCAGCCGCUGGGGACUGCCACCCUCGACGGAGCUGCGGAGGACAAAAUUGGGAAAUGAACUACCAGGAGUCGGCAAUUUACCUCCAGGAAGGAGAAAACAACGACAAAUUCUUCACGCACCCCAAGGAUGCCAAAGCGCUUUCUGCCUACCUCUUUGUACACAACCAUCUCUUCUACCUAAUGGAACUGACCACAGCACUGAUGCUCCUGCUGCUCUCCCUCUGCGAGGCGCCUGCGGUCCCUAUGCUUCGCCUCGGCAUCUAUAUCCACGCGACCUUGGAGCUGCUUGCCCUGACUGUCGUGGUGUUUGAGCUCUCUAUGAAGAUGAGAUGGCUGGGCCUUCACACCUACAUUCGACACAAAAGGACCAUGGUCAAGAGCUGUGUUCUGCUGCUGCAGUUUAUAGAGGCAAUUGUAGUGUUGGUGCGUCAGACAUCCCAUGUCAGGAUCACGAGAGCCUUGCGAUGCAUCUUUCUGGUGGACUGCCGUUACUGUGGAGCUGUCAGAAGGAACCUACGGCAGAUUUUCCAGUCUCUUCCUCCGUUCAUUGACAUCCUCCUGCUGCUGCUUUUCUUCAUGGUCAUAUUUGCUAUCCUUGGCUUUCAUUUGUUCUCUCCUAACAAGUCUGAUCCUUAUUUCAGCACCUUAGAGAACAGCCUUGUGAAUCUUUUCGUUCUACUGACUACAGCGAAUUUCCCAGAUGUGAUGAUGCCCUCUUAUGCCAGAAGCUCCUGGUCCUGUGUCUUUUUUAUCGUGUAUCUUUCCAUUGAGCUGUACUUCAUUAUGAAUUUGCUACUCGCCGUUGUGUUUGAUACUUUCAAUGAUAUUGAAAAGAAGAAGUUCAGAUCACUGCUGCUUCACAAGCGCACAGCCAUACAACACGCCUACCAACUGCUUGUCAGCAAACAGAGACCCUCUGGAAUCUCCUUCAAGCAGUUUGAUGGGCUGAUGCGGUUUUAUAAACCUCGGAUGAGCGCUCGAGACCGUUACCUUACCUUCAAAGCACUGAAUCAAAGCAAUACCCCUUUAGUCAGUCUAAAGGAUAUGUACAAUUUCUAUGAAGUUGUUGGUUUAAAAUGGAAGGCUAAAAGGAACCGGGAACAUUGGUUUGAUGAUCUUCCACGGACAGCGUUCCUUAUUUUUAAAGGCAUUAAUAUACUUGUGAAUUCCCGGGCCUUCCAGUAUGCCAUGUAUACUCUGUUGGCAGUGAAUGGCCUCUGGAUCCUAGUGGAAACCUUUAUGUUGCGAGAUGGGAUCUUCUCGCGAGAUGUCCCUUGGAGUUACAUUGUCUUCCUUACAAUCUAUGGGGUUGAAGUGCUCCUGAAGAUCACUGGAUUGGGGCCUAUUGAAUACCUGUCAUCUGGCUGGAACCUCUUUGAUUUUUCUGUCACCUUGUUUGCAUUCUUGGGCCUCCUGGCACUGGCGUUAAACAUGGAGCCGUUCUACUUCAUUGUAGUCCUGCGGCCUCUGCAGUUACUGAGGCUGUUUAAGCUGAAGAAACGCUACCGGAAUGUCUUGGAUACCAUGUUUGAGCUGUUCCCCAGAAUGGCCAGCCUAGGUUUAACAUUGCUCAUCUUCUAUUACUGUUUCGCCAUCAUUGGCAUGGAGUUCUUCUCAGGAAAGCUCUUCCCAAAUUGCUGCAACACCAGCACGGUGGCAGAUUCCUAUCGCUGGGUCAACCAUACCGUGGGAAACAGGACGGUGAUGGAAGAAGGCUACUACUAUCUCAACAACUUCGACAAUGUUUUGAACAGUUUUGUUACCCUGUUUGAAUUGACAGUUGUCAACGACUGGUACAUCAUCAUGGAAGGGGUGACAUCGGAGACUUCGCACUGGAGCCGCCUCUAUUUCAUGAUUUUCUAUAUUGUGACCAUGGUGGUGAUGACAAUAAUUGUAGCCUUUAUAUUGGAGGCGUUUGUAUUCCGUAUGAACUAUAGCCGGAAGAACCAAGAUUCAGGAGAAGACAUGGGCAUUGUUUUCGAGAGAGAAGUCUCCAAGGAAGAACUGACAGCUGUUGCAGAGCUAUAUGGAAGGAACUGCAUUGCCUCGGCUGCCAGCCAGCUGCUCAAGGUCGUUUCCCAGAUGGACAGGCACAGGCAAACGUCCAUGCUGUUCCUGGGGCGGCGAUCGAGGACCAAAAGCGAUUUAAGCAUGAGAAUGUAUGAGGAAGAGAUACAGGAGUGGUAUGAAGAUCACUCCAGGAAAGAAGAAAGGCAGUUUCCCUGGCAGGAUGACCAGUCACUCCAUCAGCCCUCGCCGUUUCCAGGCCUCCGUCAGCGCUCUCAGACCAUUAUCUAAGCCCAGCUAACCUAAGCUGCUGCUUUGUCUGCUAUGCAUUAACCACCCCGUUUACCUACUUUGCAAAGUACGUCUCAGAUUAAUGCAUAGCGUAGCCUGGCAGAAGAAGGUCUCCUGGCGCUCUUGUGUAAGAGAGUUUCGGCUCUCCCUUUUGCAAAAGCUCAUCCCUGUACUAGGGCCUUUAAGGCAUAACCAGAGUACUGCAGGAUGGCUGGGCAUUAUGCAAGGGAUGGGGGCUGGUUAACAGGGUAGCCACAGUGAAUACUUCUGGGAUUUGUCUAGUGUAAAGCAGCCCGGGGUUAAUUUGGCUAUUUUUCCCCAGUGCAGCUGGAUAAAAUAGUCAGCGGAAGUUAUACAAUCAGGCUGCUUUCCCCCGGGCAUUCCAGCCUCCCAGAAGUGGGUGGCUGGCAUCAGCAGAAAAAACAAAACACCACCAUUUACUGCCACUGUUUGCCUGUCUCUAACUGUAACUAGGCUGCCUAGUUUUCAGCAGGACUGCCCUUUUGAGGUUCAGUUCUGUCCUCAUCAUCUCCAUAAUGGUUCAAUAAGCUGCUGUGGCUCUACAGCAUUUUCCCUUCUCCAACAAGGUUUGUUCCCUGUUGGGCAGAAGUCCUCUACUCACAAACUGGCUGAAACCUGGAAACUGGUGAAUGAAGGAAUCCUACCGCUGCAACUAGCAGAGGGCUGCUUGUCGUGGUGGAAGCAGCUCAGCCUGUGGGCAUGUGUUAAAAGCAAUAACUUUGAAAGAAGGAAAACUGACCAAGGUGUAAUCCUGCAGUCACUGCACAACAGGGUCCAGGUUGAUCCUCAUCACUUGCUGCAAUUUUAAUUUUUAUUUUUUUUAAAUUACCAGCUCCUUAUUAGCUGUUGGCUCUGUCUGACAGCCCUCCACCACACAAGCUAGAGGUAAACAGAGAUGCAGCAGAAUUCUCCUUUGGUUUGCAAUAUGAACAUUUGACAACAUAUAAUGCUUGCCACAAAUAUGACGGUACUGCAGCCUUCCCAAAUUCUUCUCCGGCUUAGAAUGUUACUCUGAGCUGGAGAAGAAUUCCAUGCCUCCCACCUACCUACCUAAACUAUGUUGCUUAUAAGCAGGGAGGAAAGGUCUUUCUCCCCGUGAACUGUUAAUAUUCCCAGCAGCACUUGGAAAUGGAGCUUUCCUUCUCCUCUUGACUGUAUGCCAUAGCAGCACAAAGUGAAGGCAAAGGGGAAGAGACAGAAUUUCCUGCUGCAAGAUAAACAAGUUGAAGGUGCUUUUAUUUGUCCAAUUUUAACUUUAGUAGGCUCAUAAUAAGCCAAGCUAUUUCCCAGGUGGUUUUUUUUUU